AUGGACAUCAUCCCGUCAUCCCGCUUGACCUCCCUCACUAAAGGGGAUGCCACAAAGGGGGCAUCAGAGCCCCUCACCGACACCGCGAACCACUAUUCCAUGAAGGACAAAGUCAUCGCCGUGACCGGCGGCGCCCAAGGCAUCGGCCUCGCGACCGUGAAGCUCCUCCUCGCACGCGGCGCCAAAGUCUCGGUGGGAGACCUCGACGACGAGGCACUAGAUGCCGCCCGGAAAGAGCUGGAGAGCAGCGCGGACAAGGACAAGAUACGCGUGCAGAAGCUGAACGUCGCGUCGAAGGACGACGUCGAGGAUUGGAUCAGGGAGACGGUCAAGUGGGGCGGAAGUCUGAAUGGCGCGGCGAAUGUCGCGGGGAUCAAUGGGCCGGAUGCGGGGAAGGUUACGCUGGCGCAGACGAGCGAUGAGCACUGGAACGCUGUUGUGUCGGUCAACUUGAUGGGCAUGUUCUACUGCGUACGGGCCGAGCUGAACAACAUGCAAGGUGCGGGCAGCAUUGUGUGCACCACCAGCGUGCAAGGGCUCAUCGGAUUCCCCAUGACUGCGGCGUACUCGAUCACGAAGCACGGCAUUGUGGGUAUGGUGAAGGCCGCGGCGAAAGAGGUGGGGGAGAAAGGCAUCCGUGUCAAUGCAAUAGCACCUGGCGCAAUAGAUACGCAAAUGGUAUCUGAGAAGGAUCGGGACAACAUCCAGACACCGAUCAAGAGGCUGGGUAAGCCGGAGGAGUGUGCCCAUCUGAUAGCGUUUCUUCUGAGUGAUGAAGCGAGCUUCAUUACUGGUGCUACAUACGCCAUCGAUGGAGGUUGGGCGUGUUGA